CUCAUCUAUCUGAUGAGCCACCGGUGAUAGAUGCCUAGGCACGCUCCUCUAUGAGCUGGUUUAUACCCUACUUUUCUUGUUGCUAUAUCAAAGGAAUCCAAGACUGAAGAAAAAGAAACCCAAAAAUGCAAAAAAGCUUUUUUAAAGUCCUCACCACUGUGUAGACAAAAGAAGCUUUUUACCCAAGACCACUUCUCUUCUCUCACUCUACUCCACAUUCUCUUCUAUAUUCUUCCUUUCCUUACUUUACUAACCUUUUAAAUUCUCCUAAAAAUCUUUUCUUUCUCACUGUAUCUCGAUCUCCAACUCCAAGUUAGGUAAUUAAUAAUUAAAGAUCAUAUUUCACCAAAAUGGUUAAGUUGGUAGGUGUUCUUGUUUGCUUCUUGAUCGUGACUAUUGAUGUUGUAGCCGGGAUUCUAGGCAUCCAAGCAGAAGUUGAACAAAACAAGGUGAAGCAUUUGAGGCUGUGGAUAUUCGAGUGCAGAGACCCAAGUGAAGAAGCUUUCAAGCUUGGGUUAGCCGCAGGAGCUCUUUUGGCUCUAGCUCAUGUAUUGGCUAACUUGCUUGGUGGCUGUCAAAAUUGCAUUUGUUCUCAAGAUGAACUUCAAAAGGCUUCUCCUAAUAGACAACUCUCUCUGGCAUGCCUCAUAUUCACCUGGAUCAUAUUAGCCGUUGGAUUGUCUAUGCUGGUGAUAGGGACUUUGUCGAACAACAAGUCAAGAGCUUCCUGUGGAUUCACGCACCAUCAUUUCCUAUCAAUUGGAGGCAUUUUGUGUUUUGUUCAUGCCCUGUUUUCUGUUGCAUAUUACAUAACUGCAACUGCCUCUGUUGAUUAAAACACGUACAAUCUACCUUUUACCCAUUUUUACUUUUCUAACUUCACUUCUCCGAUCUCCAUCUCCUUAAUAUUAUUAUAUUAUUAGUGUUGUUCAUCUUGAUCAAUUAGAGAUUAUGUACUAAUUAAUCCCAUCUCACAAGUUGUGAUGGGCAACAAUAGCUACAUAAUUAUAAAUCAUGUGCUUUAAAGGCCAUUUGUUAUU